CGCGCUGCGCUCGUCCUGCUGCACGGCUUCAUCGAGCACCACCUGCGCUACGACCACGUGCUGCGCUUCUUUGCCAGCCAGGGCAUCGACGCGCUCGCCUUCUCGCAGCGCGGCUUUGGCGCGCGCAGCAAGGGCGAGUACGGCGACACGAGCUGGAAGGAGCAGUACGAGGAUGUGGAGGAGGUGCUGGUUGAGAUGAGGAAGACGCUGGACGCGCAGUACGAGGGCAGACUGCCGAUGUACCUCUAUGGCCACUCGAUGGGCGGCGGUCUGGCGUUCGGCUUCUUCACGCGUCCCUCCUCUUCUGCUGUGCCAUCCGCCUCGACGAAAGCGCUCAUCUCCGGCGUGAUCUGCUCUUCGCCCUGGCUCCGCCUCGCGCAUCCUCCUCCGGGCGUCGCCUUCUGGCUCGCGCCUCGGCUGCUCAAGCUCUUCCCAAAGAUGCCGUGGUAUGCGCCCGUCAACCCGGCGGAGCUGUCGCACGAUCAAGCAGUCAUCGAUGACAACAAGUCCGACCCGCUCAUCUCGCCGCGUGUCUAUCUCCGAGCCGUUGUUGGUCCUCUCCUCGGCGGCCUCAAGCUGCUGAGUGACGAGUACAAGAACUGGCCUGCAGACCUGCCGAUUCUGUUCACGCAUGGCGAGGACGAUCCGGUGACGGACUGCAAGGCGUCGCGAGAGAUGGAGAGCAAGAUUGAGGCGCGGGAUAAGGAGUGCAAGACGUGGAAGGGCGCGUACCAUGAGGUGCACAAUGAGGAGGGCGAGAUGAAG